AUGGAAGACCACCGUGAUAACGGGCCGCCCCCGCGAGACCGGGCGCGCCGCGGGCGCAGCAGUGACAGUAGUAGUAGUAGCAGCAGAUCGACGCAGAGGUGGCGCCACAGGACGACACGUCAUUGGCGGUCACGUUCUCGCCACCGCCACGCCUCUAGGAAGCGUCGCCGAAGCUCUUUUCGACGGAGCAGCAGCAGUAGGGAGAGUAGUUGCAGUAGUGAUCGACGUGGGAGUAACAGCAGCAGUAGCAGAGGACGUCGCCGAUCGCGUUCGCGGUGGCAUCGCAAUUCGGGCGGAUCACGCAGAGGUGGGGCUGCGGCCGCCUUAUUGAGCUCGGAGCCAUUUAGUGUGCGGGCAGACCAGGGCUUGUUGGAGCGCCCAGAGGCGGAUUGGGUGUGCGGGGUGUGCAGCAACCCCAACUCCGUGCGGCGGGAGGAGUGCUUUAGGUGCGGAACGCGCUUUGCGGUAAGCAUCAACGCAACCCCGAGCGAGGAGAUAAAGGUUUCAGGCCUGCCGGAUAAAGUCGUAUUUGUUGACAUUCAGCGGGCACUUGAGGAUCGUUUCACGGAGCACGGGGACACCUGCCGCAUUGUUGCCUACACAAUAGACACCAAAGUGAACAGAAAAGAUAAUGCGAAGGAGCAGGUGGCAUACUUACUUUUUGACAGUGUGGCGGAAGCAGCCAAGGCACUGACGUACACCCGUUCUUUACUUGCCGUCGGCCAAACCAUGUGCGCCAUGGAAUUUUCUUUGAAGCGACGUGCCAACAGGAAGCCAACGCCCACGAGAGGCGACACCGAAAUGAAGACUGCCGUAAAACCGGUGGAUGGCCUUCCGGACCAUCUACAACCGGGUGUAUGGAAGCCGGUAGAACGAUUCUCUUCCCCAACGGAGGAAAAGGAAUACCUGGACCUGCUGUCAAGACACUGGGAAAAAUUGUCGCAAGGGCAGAAGGACUACUAUGACGAGGGUGUUCGUAGAGCAUUGGCGGCACAGCGCCGAAGGCAACAGCAAGGGAACGUCUCCACCGCAAUGAAGGGAACGACCCCAAAUGCUGAGUCCACGGUUGUCGUUCCGCCGAGUAACGGGUCAUCACUUGAGAACAUUAAAAAACGGCUGGCGGAGAAGAGACGGGCCGUGCAAGGCGGUGCGAGUGAGGGGCAAACUGCGAAUGAGCACACGACGUCGGCUGCCUCCCUGAAGGAGCGGUUGGCUAUGAAGAAGGCACAGCUGUCGUCGGUAGCGAAGCCCUCGAGCGUCACAGAGACGGAGACGGCCGCUGUGGCCGUGCCAUCAGCCCAGACCCUCACGUCGCACAAAGACACCGCACCGACUCCCGUACAUUUAUUCUUUGGCUUUCCCAUUCCAUCACGCUUUCCCACCAAGACGGACUACCUGACGCAUUCGAAGUCACCAUCCUUUCGCGCCGGAUUGAUGUUCCGAUAUGUGCCACCCGCAGUGGCAGAGCGCAUUGUGCCCCCAUCGGCCCGACCGCCCCCAGCAUGA